AUGUGGGCAAGUGCAGAAGGUGGUGCUCCAGAGGUUACUCUGGAAACUUCUAUGGGAUCCUUCACCGUGGAGCUGUACUACAAGCAUGCGCCCAGAACUUGUAGGAACUUCAUUGAACUGUCUCGCAGAGGUUACUACGACAACGUUAAGUUCCACAGGAUCAUUAAGGACUUCAUAGUACAAGGUGGGGAUCCCACUGGAACUGGAAGGGGAGGAGAAUCCAUAUACGGUGCAAAGUUUGAAGAUGAGAUUAAACGAGAGUUGAAACACACUGGAGCUGGUAUCUUAUCCAUGGCAAAUGCUGGCCCAAAUACCAAUGGUAGUCAGUUCUUUAUUACUCUGGCACCAUGCCCCUCUCUCGAUGGAAAACAUACAAUAUUCGGAAGAGUUAGUAGAGGGAUGGAAAUUAUCAAACGACUUGGCAGCGUCCAAACAGACAACAACGAUAGCUCCCGCACCCCUUUGCAAGUUAACUCAGUGCGAUGCAGUGAUUGCUUUCAGCUUCUUCCAACAGCAGCUAUACAUCAUGAAUCUAAAGGUACAACUGUUGUAAUGAAGCUCUCCAUCCUCGAAUCACUACAAAGGAUUCUCAGAUGA